AUGGAAAGACCUAAACUACCAGUAUUCGACGGCAAUCCGGUUGACUAUGCUAGGUUCAAAGCUUGUGUUAAAGUAGAGAUUGAACGGAAAAGGGUGUAUGACAAUGUUGAAAAGCUCAAAUUUCUUCUUGAUGCUGUGACCGGGUCGGCAAAAUCCUGCUUAAAGAGAUUUAUCCCAGGAUCUGAGAGAUAUAAAGAGGCGUGGCAAGCCCUAGAUAAUCGAUUUGGUCAGCCAGACGUGGUAGUAGCCGCCGCAAAGAAGAAAAUUGAUGAGUUUCCUGACAUUCCAACUGAAAAUGCUGAGAAAAUCAGAGAGUAUCAAGAAUUGGUUUCAGAGCUU